AUCAUGUUCCGCAAGAGGAAGAAGAAACGCCCUGAGAUCUCAGCUCCACAGAACUUUGAGCAUCGGGUCCACACUUCAUUUGACCCCAAGGAGGGCAAAUUUGUGGGCCUUCCACCUCAAUGGCAGAAUAUUUUAGACACGCUGAGGCGGCCAAAGCCAGUGGUAGACCCUUCAAGGAUCACCCGGUUGCAACUCCAGCCUAUGAAGACUGUGGUGAGGGGCAGCACUGUGGAAGUGGAAGGCUAUAUCUCUGGGAUACUCAACGAUAUUCAGAAGCUUUCUGCCAUCAGUUCCAACACUCUAAGGGGAAGGAGCCCAACCAGCAGGAGGAGAGCUCAGUCACUUGGGCUCUUGGGGGAAGACAGAUCCCCGGACAUGUAUCUUCAGAGCCCAGACGUAGACUGGGCAGACAAACAUGGAAACUACCUCAAUUGCAAUGGUGGAACCAAGAUAACCCGGAGGCAGACUAUGUGGCCAGAUUAUAAACCCAGGUUGGAUGGACAGUCUCAUCCCAAUGGUAUGGUAAUGAAAGCUCAGUCCCUUGGGCCUUCAGAGUUUCAAGGUACUGACAGUAGCUGCAGCCAACGUGCCUCCGGUUUGCAGCAUGCACCAACUCUACUAGGGGAGAGUGAUAAGCCUGGAAAAAAGAGCUCGGAAGACUGCUGGCCUCAAUCUUGUCUAGUGGGACAAGCAAACUCCAGGCCCUCAGGAGAGGGCAGUCCAAGCUCCAAAUCGAGGGAAAACAGCUUGAAAAGAAGGCUAUUACGAAGCAUGUUCUCUUCAUCCAGUGGCUCAAACAAGUUGGGCCCUUCCCUGCAGAUAAAGCCUAAUGCUUUCUUCAGGCCCCAGCAGUGGGGUUCACCAUGCAGCCCUGCAGCCAAAGCCCAGUCCCUUCCAUCUGAUCAGCCUGCACCCAAUUUCUCCAUGAUGAUCUCAGAAGCUGGAACCCCCCAGAAAUCACCAACAGCGGAGAAGACAAUUGCAUUGCCACAAGGCAGACCAUCACCAGCAGGGUCUCCAAGAAACCGACAAACUCAGACUAGUUCUAGCAAUCUUCACCUUCCCCAGGACUCUUCUGCGAAAGGGCAGCUGGCUAGUGAGGACCCAGUGGUUGUAACUCACGAGCAGUUCAAAGCUGCCCUCAGGAUGGUAGUGGACCAAGGGGACCCCCGGACAUUGCUGGAGAACUACAUGAAGAUCGGUGAAGGGUCCACAGGCAUUGUCUGUAUUGCUCGAGAGAAGCACUCAGGGCGGCAGGUGGCAGUGAAAAUGAUGGAUCUGAGAAAGCAGCAGCGCCGGGAACUCCUUUUUAAUGAGGUAGUGAUAAUGAGGGACUACCAACAUGUCAACGUAGUGGAGAUGUACAAGAGCUACCUAGUGGGAGAGGAGCUCUGGGUGCUGAUGGAAUUUCUGCAGGGAGGAGCCCUUACAGACAUCGUGUCUCAGAUCAGGCUGAAUGAGGAGCAAAUUGCAACAGUGUGUGAAUCAGUGCUGCAGGCUCUUGCGUAUCUUCACUCUCAGGGGGUCAUUCACCGAGACAUUAAAAGUGACUCUAUUCUUCUGACCCUAGAUGGAAGAGUGAAACUCUCAGAUUUUGGGUUCUGUGCUCAGAUCAGUAAAGAUGUACCUAAAAGAAAGUCCCUAGUAGGAACUCCCUACUGGAUGGCUCCGGAAGUUAUUGCAAGGAUACCAUACACUACUGAAGUGGAUAUCUGGUCGCUGGGGAUCAUGGUGAUAGAGAUGGUAGAUGGGGAACCCCCUUAUUUUAGUGAUUCUCCGGUCCAGGCAAUGAAGAGACUCCGUGACAGCCCUCCUCCCAGACUGAAAAACUUCCACAGGACUUCCCCAGUGCUGAGAGACUUCUUGGAAAGGAUGUUGACACGGGAUCCUCUAGGAAGAGCAACAGCACAAGAACUCCUGGAUCACCCUUUUCUGCUCCAGACAGGACUUCCAGAGUGCCUGGUCCCCCUUAUCCAACAAUACAGAAAACGUACUUCUACCUGCUGACUUUGCAUAAGGGAAAAUGCAAGGAAAAAGUAAUUUUAGUAAUAAACCAACAGACCAGGUUCUUAUGAGACAGAUCUCAUCCUAUGAAUGGUGCUUGGGACUUGUCAGUGAUCCUUUUAGAAGAUGAAUGUGAAUACUCUCCUUGCAGCCCCAGCCUUUUGUGGCAUUUCUUUUGCUGAAGACAAUCAAUACAUGCCUGAUCCAAGUAAGACCAAGUAUGUCUCCAGAACAAAGCAGGCAUUUCAUGACUUCUGGAUUGCUUCUUCUGAAGAAUGGCUUUUUUAAACAGGGUCUGAUGUUGUCUACCUGAAUGUCUGCAAGUUCCUUCAAACCUUGGCUGCUGGCUACUGAACUGGAACUUUAUUUCCCCAUGAGAAAUGUGAUUUUUGUUCUAUUAGUUGUACACUGGAUUCUUGAGCUGACUCAAACAUACAUUUUUGGGGCAGAAGGCCCCUUUAAACUCUCAAUCAAUGCACAAAGACUUCACAAAUUUUUUCUCUGAGACUUUUUCACAGAUUUUAUCUCUUUCUGCUAAUAUAAACCUAGAAAAUUGUACAUAUUUUCCUGGGAAGCAGAUGUGAUAUAUAUUUGUUUUUGGAUAGUUCUCCUGCAUCAACCUGCUUCUUUUUUUUGCUGGGGAAUAUGUAUGGUUUAGUGACAAGACUAACACGUGGUCAAUCUUCAAUCCAUUUCAUGAUCUUAAACUUUUGGAGGAGAAACCCUUGGAUACAGGCUUUAAAAGGGACUCUGAAGACCAUUAUUCCUGCCAACAGAAUCUUGUUGUUGCAAAUUCACCAUAUGCAAAACCUCCAGUGCUAGCUGAAAUGGGAGGGAGAUGGUGUGCUCAACAAGGAGAGUCUAUGACAGCUUGUUCCUGUAUUUUGGUUUCCAAACUGCUCUCUUCCCCUUGCAGGCCCCUGUCUGCCUUUCUCCCAGAAGAGGCAGACAAAUGCUGCUCUGAGGUGGUUGUUGGGUAGCACUUGGGGAUGCUCUAGGAGACUGAACUAAAAAAAAUCCAGCUGUCCUGUGUAUCCCAGGGUAGAUUUUUGUUUGCAUGAUGAGACUAUUCAGUUGCCCUCUAUCUCUGUUGUUUGCUACUACGAAACAUGGGGAGAAGGGAAACUUUUGAUGUAUGUUUUGUUAUUGGUAUGGCCUUCCUCCCUCUGCCCCAAUCCCUUUGAUGGUAUGUUCACAAGGUGACUUGUUCUCUAAGCAGCUCUUUCAAAUAUUUUUAAUGGCUUUAGAUAUUUUGUAUGAUAAUUUUUUUGAUCAGUGAGAUAGAUAGUCAAGGUCACUGGAUCUGGGUCAGGAUGUAGCAUUGUACAGUAAUGAUGUGUAUUGUUGUGAGGUCUCAAGAAUAUGGUCUUAUAUGUGAAACUGAGAUCCCAUUUUGAAACUGAAAUGCAAAUUUAUUGGAAUUUAAAUUGUUCUUAGGACAGACUUACUGGUUCAGAAAAACUAACCUCAUAACUGCAUCUUCUUCAGAAGAUGUUAAAAAUCCCUAUCCUCUGCUAUUCACUCCAGUUAUUUACUCCAGUUAAACCCCUGCUUCAAAAUUGAAGCCUCAGUUAAUUACUUGAAGUAAUUUGGGAUGGAAUUCAUCAGCUCUGAUGUUGGCCAUGUGAAUGGUGGCCAUUAAGUCUACUAAGCAUAUAGGUUGCCUCUGUAGACCAUGGUGAAAGAGAAACACCUUCAGGGGGUGAUUAAUCUCCAAUUUCUUAAAUAAAUUCUGUAGGAUGAAAUCACUGUCUCUUGAUACCUCUCUGCCUAUGGACAAUAGAGGGAUCAUUGGUGAUUUGCCUACAUUAGAUGCCUAAGGCUGAUGAAGUUGGUUGAAAUGAAUUCCUUUAGCUCCUCCUUGGCUGCACUGGAAAAAUUUUGAUGUAAAAUGUUUCUGUAUUCCAGAUAUACUGCUUUUUUAUGCAAAAGAGCAGGACUUUAAAAGAAAGGUUUAUAAUUUGAAACAAAUGUUCCUGCUCAUCUGUAGUUGUGAAUCCUUUGCACUUGUGUUUUAAAUUAAAGUAGAUCUUGAUUUAUUCAUAAGCCUGUUGCAAUGAGAGCCUGAGAUCCUUUUAAAUGUGUCUGUAGUAAUUGAAGCCUCAGUUAAUUACUUGAAGUAAUUUGGAAUUGAAUUCAUUAGCACUAAUGCCGGUCAUAUAAAUGGUGGCCACUACGUCUGCUAAGCCCA